GCAACAUUAUUUCCUCCUUGAACAGUGAAAGGAAGAUGCAUUGUGACAAUACAUGAAGAAAAGUGGAUGGACUGUCUCUUGUCUGCUUGAUGGCUUUUCUCAGGCCAUUUUGUUCUUCUGUGCUCUUCCUCUUGCUAUCAGUAACACAGGUUGAGACCCAGAGUGCAGAAUGUUCGGUAAACGAACGUUUGGUGGAAAUAAUGGAGAAUAAUAAUCCAGGCUUGGUGGUGACUAACAUUCAUGCUAAUCCUGGCAUUAUAGUCACAAUUAAAUCUUCCACAGAAGCAAGUUCUCCCUCUGAAUGGUUUGAAAUAAAGGACUCACAACUUAUCCUGAAAAAGUCUGUGGAUUUUGAGGAGAUAAAAUUACUUCAGCCGGAAUUGAUAUGCUGGAAAGCAGGUUUGCAAAUAGAAAAUAUCAAAGUUCUAAUUUUAAUUCAAAAUGAAAAUGAUAAUGGACCGGUGUUCAAGCAAACUAACAUCACCGUUGAUGUUCCUGAGGAUACAAAAGUGAACACGACUGUCGUACCUCUGACAAGCGUAACUGCUACUGAUGCUGAUUUAAAUCCAGUGUACUACAGCCUUGAAGGAAGUCAAGAAGCAAUGGACUAUUUCAAUAUACAAGGAAUUAACAACCCACAAAUUUACUUGCGUAAAGCCCUGGAUUAUGAAGCAAUUAAUUUUAUGAGAUUUACUUUAAGGGCCAUGGAUGGAAAUGCUGGUGCGGCAGGGACACACACAGCCACAGCCACAAUAUCCAUACAGAUUGUACAGUCUGAUCUCAAGCCUCCCUGGUUUCAGCCAUGUACUGCCGUUGGAGGCAGCAAAGUGUGUAUCAGUCUUGGCUAUACCAGCAAAGUCAAUCUUUCAGAAGAAGCGAGUGGGCCACUGAUCUUGGAGCCAGGACCCCUCUAUGCUAUUGAUGGGGAUAAAAGUUUGAAUGAGAAAGUGAUAUAUGAAAUUGUUGCUGGAAAUGAUAAUGACACAUUCAAAAUAAACAGAGAUUCUGGAAACAUUACCAUGACUCAGCCUGCAAACAUUCUGAAGACAUUCAUGUUGUAUAUUGUGAAAAUCAAUCCAGAUAUCAGAUACAGAAUACAAAACAGUUCAGAUUUCAGAGUUACUGCAGAAGGAUUUAUCCAGAUCACUAAGCUUCUGAAUGUAUCAUCUCCUAUUACCCUUCUG